AUGUUGGGCGGUGUAGCAGGUCGCCACAUGUCGAAUCGUCGACGUGGCUCAUCACCAAUGGUGCGCUUGAGCGGCACCGUUCUAAAUGCUGGCAGUAUAGAUGGCAGCAUUGGUGGUGAGGGUAGUGGAGGUAUGAAUUCACCAUAUAUACCGAAAAUUCCACCCAGACGUCGACGUGCCGUUACCACAAGUGAUCACAAGAGUUGUGCUCUUAUACAAACUAGACUGAAAUUGGGUGAUAUCAUGUUGGCAGCGGCUCAGGAAGCGGCGCUAGCAGGGCAUCAACAGGGCUCCACAAGCGGGGGGCACUCGGGUCGAAGGGGAGCCCAUCGCUUAGCUGAUAGAAUGGGUGGCCCAAAGAAAGAGGAAACACCACCUGGUGGUGGUCCCACAUCAUUAUUUAUCCUCACCGAGGAUAAUCCAAUUAGAAAAUACACACGUUUCAUAAUAGAAUGGCCGCCCUUCGAGUACACUGUGUUAUUGACAAUCAUUGCCAACUGUGUUGUGUUGGCAUUAGAAGAACAUUUGCCUGAGUGUGAUAAAACAGUAUUGGCCCAAAAGCUGGAAAAAACGGAGACCUAUUUUUUAUGCAUUUUCUGUGUAGAAGCAUCGCUCAAGAUCCUUGCCUUAGGUCUAGUUUUGCAUAAACACUCCUACCUCAGGAAUAUUUGGAACAUCAUGGAUUUCUUCGUAGUAGUAACGGGAUUCAUGACACAAUUCCCACAAUUAGGGCCCGAAGUAGAUCUAAGAACUCUUAGGGCCAUACGUGUGCUAAGGCCCUUAAAAUUAGUCUCUGGAAUUCCUAGUUUACAAGUAGUUUUAAAGUCCAUUAUAAAAGCAAUGGCACCGUUACUGCAAAUUGGUCUGUUGGUGUUGUUUGCGAUCGUUAUAUUUGCCAUCAUUGGACUCGAGUUCUAUUCGGGUGCUUUACAUAAGACUUGUUAUAGUUUAGAAGAUCCAAAUAAGCCUGUGAAAGAAGGUGAAUCAGAAACACCGUGUAAUACGGAUAAUGACACAGAAAAAGCCGGUGGUUCAUUUGUAUGUAAUUAUACGACGAGUAUGUGUUUGGAAAAAUGGGAUGGACCAAAUUCUGGCAUAACUAGUUUUGACAAUAUCGGUUUUGCCAUGUUGACUGUAUUCCAAUGUAUCACUAUGGAAGGCUGGACAGCAAUACUGUAUUGGACCAACGACGCUUUAGGUUCACAAUUUAAUUGGAUAUAUUUUGUGCCUCUUAUAGUUAUAGGCUCAUUUUUUAUGCUCAACUUAGUUCUUGGUGUUCUUAGUGGUGAAUUUUCUAAUGAACGUAAUCGCGUUGAACGUCGUAUGGAAUUUCAAAAAUGUCGUUUUCGUGCUAUGUUUCAAACAGCCAUGGUAUCAUAUCUUGAUUGGAUAACACAAGCAGAGGAAGUGAUAUUAGCCGAAGAGCGUACAACGGAAGAGGAAAGAAUGCACAUUAUGGAGGCACGACGUCGUAAUGCUGCCAAAAGAAAAAAACUGAAAAGUCUGGGUAAAUCCAAGUCCACAGAUACCGAAGAGGAGGAGGGCGAAGAGGACUAUGGCGAUGAUGGUUAUUUGAAAACUCGUUCAAAACCUCAAGGAAGUUGUACGGGUUUCUGGCGCAAAGAGAAAAGUUUUCGCUAUUGGAUCCGUAAGACGGUGAAGAAACAAUGGUUCUAUUGGUUUGUCAUUGUGCUGGUGUUUCUGAAUACCGUGUGUGUGGCGGUGGAACAUUAUGGUCAACCCAAAUAUCUAUCAGAUUUUUUAUACUAUGCUGAAUAUGUAUUUUUGGGUCUUUUCAUGUCUGAAAUGUUUAUAAAAAUGUAUGCAAUGAGUCCAAGGAUUUAUUUCGAAUCAUCGUUUAAUCGUUUCGAUUGUGUCGUCAUUAGUGGUUCGAUAUUCGAAGUUAUAUGGUCUGAAGUUAAGGGUGGCUCAUUCGGUUUAUCCGUUUUGAGAGCUUUACGUUUGCUGCGUAUAUUUAAAGUGACCAAAUAUUGGUCGUCGUUGCGAAAUCUUGUGAUUUCGUUAUUGAACUCGAUGAGAUCCAUCAUUUCAUUGUUGUUCCUGCUCUUCUUGUUCAUACUGAUAUUUGCCCUACUUGGCAUGCAAUUAUUUGGUGGGCAAUUUAAUUUUAGUAGCGGUACCCCCGAAACAAAUUUCAACACAUUCCCUAUAGCCUUAUUGACUGUCUUUCAAAUUCUAACCGGUGAAGAUUGGAAUGAAGUUAUGUAUCAGGGUAUUAUAUCACAAGGUGGCGCUAAAAGAGGAAUGAUUUACUCUGUUUACUUUAUCGUUUUGGUACUCUUCGGUAAUUAUACAUUGCUAAACGUGUUCUUGGCUAUCGCCGUCGAUAAUUUGGCAAAUGCUCAAGAAUUAACUGCUGCCGAAGAGGAACAAGUCGAAGAAGAUAAAGAGAAACAAUUACAAGAAUUAGAAAAAGAAAUGGAAGCGCUACAAGGUGAUGGUGUCCAUGUGGAAAAUGGCGGUGAUGGUACCACCACAACCGUCAAGAAAAGCAAAAAGAAAGAAGACGAAAAGAAAGAAGACGACGAAGUUACGGAGGGUCCAAAACCAAUGUUGCCAUACUCAUCAAUGUUUAUAUUAUCACCAACAAAUCCCAUACGUCGCGGCGCCCAUUGGGUUGUUAAUUUACGUUACUUUGAUUUUUUCAUUAUGGUCGUCAUCUCAUUGUCAUCGAUAGCGUUAGCGGCCGAAGAUCCCGUUCGUGAGAAUUCACCACGAAAUAAAAUUUUAAAUUAUUUCGAUUAUGCAUUUACCGGCGUAUUCACAAUAGAAAUGUUACUGAAAAUUGUAGAUUUAGGUGUUAUAUUACAUCCUGGCAGCUAUUUAAGAGAAUUCUGGAAUAUUAUGGAUGCUGUGGUCGUUAUAUGCGCUGCUGUUAGUUUUGGUUUCGAUAUGAGCGGUAGCAGUGCUGGACAAAAUUUAUCAACAAUCAAAUCGUUGCGUGUCCUACGUGUCCUGCGACCAUUAAAAACAAUCAAACGUGUACCCAAAUUGAAAGCCGUCUUCGAUUGUGUAGUAAAUUCAUUGAAAAAUGUUGUUAACAUUCUAAUCGUGUACAUAUUAUUUCAAUUUAUAUUUUCUGUCAUUGGUGUACAAUUAUUCAAUGGGAAAUUUUUUUAUUGUACGGACGAAAGUAAACAUACUGCCGAAGAGUGCCAGGGUUCAUAUUUUAAAUAUGAAGAAGGUGAACUGCUGCCCAGACCAGAGUUACGCAUUUGGAAACCCCGAAGUUUUCACUAUGACAAUGUGGCAGCGGCGAUGUUAACACUAUUUGCAGUGCAAACAGGCGAAGGAUGGCCACAAGUACUGCAACACUCCAUGGCUGCCACUUAUGAAGAUAGGGGUCCAAUACAAAAUUUCCGGAUCGAAAUGUCCAUAUUUUAUAUCGUAUAUUUUAUUGUAUUUCCAUUCUUCUUUGUAAACAUAUUCGUGGCCUUGAUUAUCAUUACAUUCCAAGAACAAGGCGAAGCUGAAUUACAAGACGGUGAAAUUGAUAAGAAUCAGAAAUCAUGUAUAGACUUUACAAUAGGAGCACGACCAUUAGAACGUUACAUGCCCAAAAAUCGUAAUACAUUUAAAUAUAAAGUGUGGCGUAUUGUCGUAUCGACACCAUUCGAAUAUUUUAUAAUGAUGCUAAUUGUGUUCAAUACCUUAUUAUUAAUGAUGAAGUACCAUAAUCAAGGUGAGAUGUAUGAGAAAUCACUGAAGUAUAUCAACAUGGGAUUCACAGGAAUGUUCAGUGUUGAAACUGUGCUGAAAAUAAUUGGAUUUGGUGUAAAGAAUUUCUUUAAAGAUCCCUGGAAUAUCUUUGAUUUAAUCACUGUGUUGGGCAGUAUAGUGGAUGCCUUAUGGAUGGAAUUUGGGCACGAUUCGAACUCAAUCAACGUUGGCUUCCUGCGUUUAUUUCGUGCGGCGCGUUUAAUUAAAUUACUGCGUCAAGGAUACACGAUACGUAUUCUGCUGUGGACAUUUGUACAAUCAUUUAAAGCACUUCCAUAUGUCUGUCUACUGAUAGCCAUGCUAUUUUUUAUCUAUGCCAUUAUUGGCAUGCAGGUAUUUGGAAAUAUCAAACUAGGUACAGUGGAAAAUUCCAUUACUAGGCACAACAACUUCCAAUCAUUUAUACAAGGUGUCAUGCUCCUAUUCAGAUGUGCAACGGGCGAGGCGUGGCCGAACAUUAUGCUGGCGUGCCUUAAGGGGAGGCCAUGCGAUGACGAAGCCGAAAAGGGCGAUGAGACAUGUGGCUCCACAUUGGCCUAUGCCUAUUUUGUAUCAUUUAUAUUCUUUUGUUCAUUUCUAAUGUUGAAUUUAUUCGUGGCUGUUAUUAUGGAUAAUUUUGAUUAUUUAACAAGAGAUUCCAGUAUAUUGGGGGCGCAUCAUUUAGAUGAAUUUGUACGGAUAUGGGCUGAAUAUGAUCCAAAUGCGACUGGCCGAAUCCAUUAUACGGAAAUGUAUGAUAUGUUAAAAAAUAUGGAUCCUCCGUUGGGGUUCGGUAACAAAUGUCCCAAUCGCCUCGCCUUCAAGAAACUGAUACGUAUGAAUAUGCCCCUAGACGAUGAGAUGAGAGUACAAUUUACCACCACACUAUUUGCAUUGAUACGUGAAAAUCUUAGUAUUAAAAUGAGAGCGGCGGAAGAAAUGGACCAAGCCGAUUCUGAACUUAGGGAUACUAUUACAAAUAUAUGGCCUUUGCAGGCCAAGAAAAUGCUGAAUCUACUGGUGCCACCCAAUGAUCAAUUGAAUAAGGGCAAAUUGACAGUGGGUAAAGUCUAUGCGGGACUGUUAAUAUACGAAGCAUAUCGCAUUAGACGUGAAGGAGGAGAGCCACAAGGAGGCAUGGGGAAGCAAUCAUUCUUUGAUUGUUUGCUCGAUAUGGCUGCCCUCGACAAAGGAGGAUCGCGUCAGGGUUCCAUCAGUUAUGAGCCAAAUGGUACUGAUGCUGCCAAUUCGCAAACGCAUUUAUUAGCAAAUAAUAAUGGUCACGCUAAUGGUGAUGCUGAACAUGGUAGUUUGGCAACACUGGCACGACGGAGUACUAUGAGAAAACGUUCCGUUAGAAACAAAAAGAUGUUGGAACUGCGGGAUGCACCAAGACAUCCAUCUCAGGAAUCAUUAACCGGUGCCGAUGCUGCUCAUUUACAUCCUGGACACGCUUAUCAAAACGGCCAUAGAAGAUCACCUAGUUUAAGAUCACCUAGUCCAAGUAGACGGCGUGGCCAUCCAUAUCAACAUCAUGAUAUUGGGUUUUCGGAUACUGUAUCUAAUGUUGUAGAGAUGGUCAAGGAAACCCGUCAUCCUCGAAGUUAUGGUCAUCAUACGCGUUAUCCAAGAGGUUCAUGGUCAGCAUCGACAAGUCCGGCCCGCUCGCCUUCACCUUCACGUUAUGGUGGCCAUUUACCGCGCACCAGACGCCCUGAACUGCCUUAUCCCACAUAUGGGACAACAAGUCUAUGUCAAAGAUCACGAUCACCAAGUCCUGCUAGACUACAGGAGAUGCGUGAAAGAGAUAGACUUGGCUAUGGGAUUGAUAUGGGUGGACCCCAUGGCCAACAUAGUUACCCAAAUUUAAACCAUCGUCGUGGUGGAGGUAGACGUCUACCACCGACACCAAGUAAACCAUCGACACUGCAGCUAAAGCCAACAAAUAUUAAUUUUCCAAAAUUAAAUGCAAGUCCAACACAUACACAUCAUUCAACACCUCAUAGUGUUCACUCGUUGCCACACCACCGCGAUCUGUUGCGGGACCCUAGAGAUCUGUAUUAUAGUAGUAGAGAACGUGAGCGUGAUCGCGCUCGUUAUAGGGACCGCUUACUCGACGAUCCACGAUAUGAAUAUCGGGAUCGAGAGCGUGAGUUAUAUGAACGAGAACGAGAUCGUGAGUUGGAGUAUGAAAGAGAAAGACUGGAAUACGUAGCACCCUUGUCCUUUGAACAAGCGGUAGCUAUGGGCAGAACGGGGAGAGUUUUACCCUCACCCGUUAUGAAUGGCUAUAAGCCAAAGGGUGGCCUUCAUGCACGCCACUCCGAUUCAGACGAAGAGGAUUGGUGCUAGC